AUCGCGCAUGCGGGUGCGUGGAUAUGAGAACGUCGACGUUUCCCUUUUCUUCCCUCUGUUUUCCUAAUUCUUCCUCUCCCCCUCCCUCCCUUCUCGCCCUCAUCCCAACAGCGCGGUACCCUUGCCCGAUUCCCGGUCGUAGACCUGUUCUUGUUGGUUCCAACUUCCAACACGCAGCAAUUGAACAGCAUCCCAAAUUCCCAUCGCGCGAAGCAGGAUCCUUGUUCAUCGCAUAUUGCAUCGAGCCGCAUGUUUAAAGCAGCACACAAAGAAACUGACCAAGACAAAGUGUGACAGAGUAAGAGAGCGGGAGACCUAAAGACGACAGUAAGAGAAAAAUAUCGACGACACAACGGCCCCUUCCCCUGUUGCAACCGAAACGUCAGAAUAGCCUCGGGGCGCCCCUCGUCAAAGCGCCUCUAACAGAAGUCGUCUCAACUCCGCCCACCACCUGUCGCACCUCACCCUGCCGUCUGAUCAGUCUCGCCUCUCGGAUCGGACUGAUACAACUCCCUCCAACUGCGAAACCCCUCCAACGUCUGAUCUACCGCAUCGUCCAGUCCAUCACCAAGAACACACCACCCCUGCAAGCCCUGUCCCAUCCAUCGUCGCCGUCUGCUUCGCCCCCGCCUCCAUCAACUCGCCCAUUUUUCUUUUCUUUCAAUCUGGUCGCCCUCUCACCCCAAUCCAUCCAUCUGGCAAAGCAGACGAAGGGCACCCUGCUUGACGGCUAUUGACGAGGUUUCAUGGGACACCUGACAUCCGAAAUUGGUCCCGACAAUAAUCCCUAACCCCUCUAUUCCGCACCGCACCACACGGCGCCACCAGCGAAGCCUCCUCCACCACUUUUCGUCGCCGGAUCCGAGUCCAUCCAGUCCACUACGACAGGCUUCCCCCUUCAUCCUGGUCUCUUUCUAAGAACCGAUUCCCGUCCUGCGCCAUCCUUGUCGCACGAACCUCAGGCGCCGCCAAGUCGACGAGUUGACCGUCAUCGCCGCUCGAUCUCGGCCUCGACCCUCGCCCGGCUCGUCUCUUUUAUGACUUUCCCCCCCCCACCCGACGGAAGCUUCUAAUCGUUUUCCAACACCUCUGUCCCUUCACCCUCCUUUUUCUCUCCUUCUACUUCUUCGUUGUUUCUCGGCCAGGUCGAAGAGUCUAAAGUCAAUCCUCGAGCCCUUGCGACUAACGAGAUUCCUUCCUUUUCUUCGCUGCUGGCUCAGAUCAUUCUUUAGUAAACUAUCCAAUUCCGUUUGGCUGGUGUCUUUCCCCCCCCCCCCCCAUUUCAAUUUCUUCGUAUUUGCUUCUGCUUCGUCAAGUGCGCCACUUUGAGUAUUAUAAAAAGACGCUUUUAAUACGGGUUCGAGAAGAAAGAGACUGGGAAUCAGAGAUCGGCACCGCGAUAGCGUGGUUGAUUGGGCUUGCUGGAGUCUUUCGCAUCGCUUCCCGCCCGACGCCAACUCGAGCCGUCCCCCGAUAACGAUAGUCCCGAAUCUAUCCGCACACUUGUCGGAAUUGUCGCAGGUCGACACCCUAAUACAGUAACAAAAAGGAGGAAUAUUAAACUCGGCUCAAGAUGGCUGGUGACCUCACCUUUGGGGUCUUGGUCCGAAAGCAGUUUACUGCUCCCAAGUUACUCUUCCACUUCCUCUUCUGGACCUUCCAUUGGGGUAUUUUUGCCUAUGGAUGGUGGAAACAAGCCGCGGACGCGAGACUCGCGGGUUUGAACACCCUGCAGUACUCCGUCUGGAUUUCAAGAGGUGCUGGGUUGGUUCUCAGUGUUGACGGGAUGCUCAUCCUGCUUCCCGUUUGCCGAACCGUCAUGCGAUGGCUUCGGCCCAAACUCCGCUUCCUUCCCCUCGACGAGAACCUUUGGCUUCACAGGCAGCUGGCGUACUCGAUGCUAGGCUUCACAAUUCUGCACACCUCCGCCCAUUACAUCAACUUCUUCAACGUCGAGCGAACGCAGAUUCGACCAGUGACGGCCAUCCAGAUUCACUACGCCCAAGCUGGCGGUGUCACCGGCCAUACCAUGUUGCUAUGCAUGCUUCUGAUGUAUACAACUGCCCACGCCCGCAUUCGCCAGCAGUCUUUCGAGACGUUCUGGUACACUCACCACCUGUUCAUCCCCUUCUUCUUGGGCCUGUACACUCACACCGUCGGCUGCUUCGUGCGUGACACUGCCGAGUCGUAUUCUCCCUUCGCCGGAAAGGACUACUGGGACCACUGCAUCGGUUAUCUUGGUUGGAGAUGGGAGCUCUGGACGGGUGCUUUCUACCUCAUUGAGCGUACCUACCGCGAAGUUCGCGCUCGUCGCCGCACCAAGAUCACCCGUGUUGUUCGCCACCCCUACGAUGUUGUUGAGCUUCAGUUCAACAAGCCCUCGUUCAAGUACAAGGCUGGGCAGUGGCUCUUCCUUCAGGUUCCGUCGCUCUCGAACUACCAGUGGCACCCGUUCACCAUUACCUCCUGUCCGUUUGACCCUUACGUCUCCGUCCAUGUCCGUCAGGUCGGUGACUUCACACGGGCUCUCGGUGACGCAGUUGGCGCUGGAUCUGCCCAGGCCAAGCUCUACGACGGUGUUGACCCCAUGGGCAUGUAUGAGGUCGCUCUUCAAAACGGCCAACAAAUGCCCGACCUCCGCAUCGAUGGGCCCUAUGGAGCACCCGCCGAAGAUGUUUUCGAGAACGAAAUCGCCGUGCUUAUCGGUACCGGUAUCGGUGUCACCCCCUGGGCCUCGAUUCUGAAGAACAUCUGGCAUUUGCGCAACAGCCCGAACCCGCCUACCCGCCUUCGCCGUGUCGAGUUUAUCUGGGUCUGCAAGGACACUGGCUCGUUCGAAUGGUUCCAAACCCUGCUUUCGUCUCUUGAGGAGCAGUCCAACGAGGCUGCUCGUGUUCCCGGCAGCUCUGGUGUAGAGUUCCUGAAGAUCCACACUUACCUCACUCAGAAGCUGGAUAUGGACACGACGCAGAACAUUGUGCUCAAUUCGGUUGGAUCCGACCACGACCCUCUUACCGAGCUCAAGUCUCGCACCAACUUUGGCCGACCCAACUUCUCCAAGCUCUUUAGCACCAUGCGCGAUGGCAUUCUGGACAGAACAUACCUCAACGGCUUGGAGGGCAGCAUGCGCACAACUGUCGGUGUCUACUUUUGCGGUCCUUCUGUUGCUGCUCGCGAUAUUAAGAAGGCAUGCAAGGAAGCAACUGUCCGUGAAGUUAACUUCAGAUUUUGGAAGGAGCAUUUCUAAAUGCAGACAUGCCCGAUAUCACAACCCAAAAAUCGCAAAAAGAAAAAAAAAACAAGGAUUGUCGGCGACAUUCUUGGGUCCGUUCUGUGCAAGGAGUAGGGCUAUGGAUAUCAUGCCCGGUGUGAAUACUUACAGCUGUCAGAGGCUUCCAGCAACGGGAUGCUGGGGGAGAUGCCGAACAGAAAGCCGGCUGCAUGGCAGCAAAAGGAAAGGCGUUGGCUGGAAUGUUUUAAGACACCCACUCAGCGAUGUGCAUCAUUUCACAUGCCAGCACCCGCGCCUACAGCCCUAUUAUUUCUUACUCGCCACUUGGCGCGGGUGGUUGGCGGUCAAUGUUCUCUCACAUAUAUAAAGCCCAUAUAUACCGUUUCUCAAC